AUGCCCACUUUAACUCAUAAUCUAGAUCCUUCUUCCGCAAAGACCGAGGAUGAUUACCAUCGGUUGUUGAUCCGCUGGUUUCAGUUUGGCGUCUUCACUCCCAUCUUCCGCGUGCACGGGGCAGGAACCCACACAGAAAUUUGGAACUUUGGCAAUCAGACUUCGAGCGUCAUCAACAGGUCUGCCAUCACUCUGAGAUAUCGGCUCCUGCCAUACGUAUAUUCUGGCUUCUGGCGCGUGGAGAUGACAGGCUAUACAAUGCAGCGAGCAUUGGCGUUCGAUCACAGCGCAGACGCAGGCGUGCGUGAUGUUGCGGAUGCCUACAUGUUUGGUCCGUCCUUGCUGGUGACUCCAAUUGUUUCCGCUGGUGACACUGGAACUGCUACAACGCGAGAGGUCAACUUUCCUCAGGGGGCAUGGGUCGACUUCCACACCGGCCAGGAUCGCUUGCGGGUUAGACGGAAUGGGAGAUGGGAGUACUAG